UGCACUAAAUUUAUACAAGUCAAGUAUGAUUUUUUUAGAGGAGAGAUUAUGGGGAAUGAUUUGCAUGCGCUAUAAUGCACGUAACGCUAUAAUGAAUAAUUAUUGCACGAAUGGACACGCGCUUUCUCUAGAUUAGAUCUUUUUUUCAUUUCAGGUAUUACGCACUGACACUAUUACAUUUCUUAUCUUGUUACCGAUAAUUUAUUUUGCAGCCCUUCAGCUUAGGUGGAGAGACUUUUCUCGUCGAUCGAUUAAGCGCCAGUUGCACGCUUUGCUUUAUUUCUUGAUUGAUUAACCCAUUUAUUGAUUGAUUUUAUCUAACCCCCUAUUUUUUUAUUUCUGAAUAAUUGUAUAUUAUAAUUGCUCACACCGACGAGUGUCGCUAGUAUAUUCCUACACCUAUACACGCAUACACGUCUGCACGCUAUUGACAUUAUCUCGAUGGACGAGCGACUCGAGCGACUCGAAAGUGCGUGCAUGCUGAAUUCGGCGCGGUUUACGUUCCGCGAAUCGUCAAGGAUCGUUCCCAGGAUCCUUAUGGUAACCGGAGGACAAGGUGGCUAUCAUCCGAGCGAGUUCCAAGGGUUGAAGGGCUGGCGGCGUCGUUGGAUCCACUCGGCAAUCACUUACAUUUAGAGAGACAAUGGCCAGCAGGAACAAGGCUGACCUGCUAGAGCUUCAAGUAGAAUGCGACGACGAUUACAACAGGAACAACAACAAUCAUGGGAACAGUUAUGCCGAUUGUUCCGCGAACGUCGCCGGCAAGGAGGAAGAUCUGUGCGCGAAGAGAAAUCAUCAGAGUAAUCAUCAUCAGCCGCGCAAAGCCCCGUUGGUCGGCUGGCGAAAUGGAAGUCCCACGAUUUGCCUUACAAAUUCCGUUGUCCACAAAAAUGUCGAUCUGGUGGACAGCGUGAACAAUAGACGGGAAGUCGGUCUAGACUCGACGGAGAAAUCGAACAAUGGGAUCAAGUUGACGGAGCAGAGCGCUACACCGAGGAAGAUUGAAGAAACGCUCGAUCGUGAGUCUUCGAAUGCCGAUACACCGACCAAUCAAGUCAGGGACUCGCUCGAUUCCGAGAGUAUUAGCUCGGAACGCGAAGAUUCCUUAGGUUCUAUCGAGAAAAUGACGAAGAGCCGUAAGAAACCAAAAGUACCCGAUGGCGGUUGGGGCUGGGUGGUCGUUCUGGCCUCCCUGGUCAUCUCCAUGAUAGCCGACGGGGUCUCCUUUAGCUUCGGUCUCCUUUACAUUGAGUUCCUUCACGAAUUUGGCGCGUCCAAGUCCAAGACCGCUUGGAUCGGCUCGCUUUUCAUGGCUGUGCCGCUUCUAUCCGGGCCGAUCAUGUCCGCUCUUGUGGACCGAUACGGCUGCAGGAACAUGACCAUCAUCGGCGGCCUGGUGUCCGGAUUCGGCUUCAUCCUAAGUAUCUUUAGUAACACCAUCGAGGUAAUGUACUUGACCUUUGGCGUGAUCGCGGGUCUCGGUCUGGGUUUGUGCUACGUCACCGCGGUUGUGAGCAUCGCCUUUUGGUUCGAUAAGAAGCGAACCUUAGCUGUAGGUCUCGGCGCGUGCGGCACCGGAAUCGGCACCUUCGUCUACGCCCCGAUGACGACGUAUUUCAUCAACGAGUAUGGCUGGCGGGGCGCAUGUUUACUCCUGGCCGGCACCUUCUUCAACAUGAUCGUCGCAGGGACCGUGAUGAGAGAUCCGGAAUGGUGGAUACUGGAGCAACAGAAGCAGGAUCAGGCCGCGACGAAGAAAUCGAAUGUACGAUCGGACGGUACAGUAAAGUCGAACGGAAGCCCGUCCGAUGAGUUUCCGGGGGUCGAGGAGCUCCGACGAUUGCUUAGAAGCGACCGGGCGCCCGAGUAUUUCUUACAGAACCUAAGCACGAGCAUCGAAAUGGCCGACGGCGCGAAAAGGCACACGACGAGCGUGGUUAAUCUACCGACUUUUGUAAAGCGAAGCGAAAAGGUGCCUUUGGAAGUAUUGGAAUCAUUACUAGGCAAUUCUAGGCUGUAUACCGUUAUCCUGGAAAACUAUCCUAGUCUUCUAUUGUGUAGAAGUUUGUCCGAUAAACACCUGCAGGAUUCGACGGGGGAGAUUCAUAAUAAAAGCGGAGUCACUAUGUCAAUGAGGCUGAAACGAGCAACGGAAUCGAAAACGAUCGUGGAUCAAAGGAACAAAGAUACUUGUCUGGCAUCCACUCCCGCACCCACGAAACUUUGCUCCAGAAAAAUGUCGAAGAAGGAAAUAGAGGGGACUAAUCCAUUACUGGCGAAAGAAGUCACGCAUACUACGGUAGUUCCGACGGAAAGAAGGAGAUCCGUGUCUAAACGUUACGUUGAAGUUGAAUCGCAGGCGAACGUCAUCAGGACCGACUCGAUACCUUGGCUCAGACGACAGUUCAGUACCAAUACCCAUUACUUCAAGGAUAUCCGAGUGCAUAGAAAUUCGGUCAUGUAUCGCGGCGCUGCCCUAAAUCUGCACAAGUACAGGCUGAGAGCGAGCAGUUGUCCCGACAUCUAUAGAAACAGUAUGAUUACAUUGGCUAAAGAGAACGAACAGAAGUGGUACGACGAGCUGGUGGAUCUGUUAAAGAGCAUGUUGGACUUUUCGAUGUUUCUCGAAUUGCAUUUCCUGCUGAUGUCAUUGUCGACGAUAUUGCUAUUCACGUGGUUCAUCGUACCGUACUUCUACCUCGCGGAGCAUCUGACUAGGAACGGUUACGACGAGUCCGAUGCCGCUAAUCUCCUCAGCAUUAUCGGCAUAACCAAUACCAUCGGAAUGAUCAUUCUAGGCUGGGCUGGCGAUCAACCCUGGAUGAAUGUCAUUAAAACGUACACCUGGUGUCUGAUUGCGUGCGGAGUGGCCACGAUAUUGAUGUCCGUCUUCACCUAUAAUUACGCGUUUCUGAUGAUAACCUCUGCAGCUUUCGGCCUCUUCUUCGCGAGCAAUUUCAGCUUUACUCCUGUUAUAUUGGUCGAGCUGAUUCCUUUGGAAAGAUUCACUACCGCUUACGGUCUCAGCUUGUUAUGUCAAGGAAUCGGAAAUCUUCUCGGACCCCCGUUGGCUGGAUGGUUGUUCGACGUCACUGAAUCCUGGGAUCUUUCUUUCCUUAUGGCCGGCGGUUGGAUUAUCGUCUCCGGGAUCUUUGUAGGUAUUAUACCGUACACGAAGAAUCGAAAAAUUUUCGGUAGCGGACCGAUCGAGAUGGAACGAACGAAUGGCAAUGACUGUUUAGCAUAGAACGAAUUAUAUUCAUUGUUUUACAUUAUAUACACAUGUUGCGCAAAGUUAUUGUAGAUUGGAGGAAAAAAAGACGGGCGAAUAUUUAGAGCUCGCAAGAAAAUGUUGAAUCUCACUAUUCAUUUUUACAUGCGGAUGCGACAAGACGUUUAUCGAAUAUUUUGCAAUUUUCUAUUUAUAGCCAAAAGAUAUUUUCUUGUACUUAAAUUAUUCGUGUCACGCGAAUAAUUCUAUAUUUAUACAUCUAAUGAAACAUUUACACAAAUCGAUUGAAAGAAAACACAUCAAUGUACUUCGUACGCCUACAAAGAGCUUUUUCUACUUAAAGUACUACGCUUUACAUAUACAAGUUGCAGUGCAUACUUAAUUUUAACGGAAUAUAUUGAAUAAAAGAUUGUUUGUAAUGUACUUAGUCUUAUUACAAGACAACGGUAUUAAGAAGUCAAAAAGAUAUAUUUUAUUACAUUUUUUUGUAAAACUCGCAUAUAGAUGAA